GAGGUGGAGCAGAUCGGAGAAAGCCCUGGCGUCGGACUCCUGCCAGAACUCAAUUAAUGGAUGCCGGGAAGUUGGUGUACAUAUAUAUUCAGAAAUGUUUUGCCACCUGAGACCUGUGAGGAGGUUAUGUCUAAAGAAGGUAUUUCCACACCGGUUUCUUUACUCGAGAUCUUUAUCGGGAGCUGAAGCAGUCAAUGCCCUGAGGCCUUUCUAUUUUGCAGUGCAUCCAGAUUUCUUUGGGCAGCACCCCAGAGAAAGGGAAGUCAAUGAAAAUUCUCUUAAGAGAUUAAGUGUCUACUUAGAAAGCCUCCAGAAACCAGGGUUCAAGUCUUUGAAACCAACUCAGCUUACCUUUUAUGUCAGAGAAACAGACCAGAAUUCUUCUGAUGGCCAAGAACCCUUUAGUACUUCUGGAUUUCGAGCAGUCAAAUUUACUUUGCACACCAGAGAUCUGCUAAGCACAGUAUUAGAUAUUCUCAACUCCUGCAGUUUAUCUACUGAACACAUCCAAAGCUUGAAUACCCAUGUGCAUUCCCAGCCUCUCAAAGAAGCUAAAAGGAUGCCUGACAGGCCCAUCAAAUGGCACAAGUCUUACUACUCCUUUACUGGAUUCAGGGACCCUGACGAAGACCUUGAGCAAGUUUCGAGAAUGGAAACAACCCUUGUAUCCUGGUUAGAUAACAAUGAAAAAAGUGCCAUUAAAAAGCUGAAGAAUAGUUUGCCACUUAGAAAAGAACUAGAUCGUCUAAAGGAUGAACUGUCUCAUCAGUUGCAGCUCUCGGAUAUCAGGUGGCAGAGGAGCUGGGGGAUCGCCCAUCGCUGUAGCCAGCUGCACAGUUUAGGCCGAUUAGCACAGCAGAACUUGGAAACACUUAAAACUGCAAAAGGAUGUACACUCAUAUUUACAGACCGUUCUGGGAUGAGUGCUGUGGGCCAUGUGAUGCUGGGAACAAUGGAUGUCCAUCAUCACUGGACAAAACUUUUUGAAAGAUUGCCAAGCUAUUAUGACCUUCAGAGGAGGCUGAUGCUGUUAGAAGAUCAAAUAAGCUAUCUUCUGGGUGGAAUACAAGUUGUUUAUAUUGAAGAAUUACAGCCAGUAUUGACACUUGAAGAAUAUUACUCUCUUCUUGAUGUGUUCUAUAACCGACAAUUGAAAAAUAGAAUACCUUUUCAUCCUCGAAGCCUGCGUGGUUUACAAAUGAUCCUUAACAGUGAUAGAUAUGCUCCAAGCUUGCAUGAACUCGGGCAUUUUAACAUCCCAAUCCUCUGUGAUCCAGCAAGCCUCCAAUGGUUUAUUCUCACCAAAGCCCAGCAGGCAAGAGAGAACAUGAAAAGAAGGGAAGAGUUAAAGGUUAUUGAAAAUGAAUUGAUACAGGCUUCAACAAAGAAAUUUUCUCUGGAGAAGUUAUAUAAGGAGCCCAGCGUUUCUAGUAUACAAAUGGUAGAUUGUUGUAAGAGACUGCUAGAACAGUCGUUGCCUUAUCUCCAUGGGAUGCACCUCUGCGUGUCACAUUUUUACUCUGUCAUGCAAGAUGGAGACCUUUGUAUUCCUUGGAAUUGGAAGAAUGGAGAAGCCAACUAAGUAACAAAUCUGUAUUAUUUUUUAAAGAAAUAAACAAGACAAUGUUAAGUUAAACUUAUUUAAAUCCAUAAUUUGAUAUAACAGUAUUAUUAUACAUCUUACAAGAAUAAAGUUUUUAAUUGCUGCUUUAAAAGUAGGCAUUUUUUUAAAAAAAUUAAUUUCUACUAGGAAA